AUGCCUAAACAAAACCUUGCCUGUGCCCUGCAGACCCUGCUGAGGACUCCCAACUGGAGACCGAGAUUGAUCCAGACGUCGGGGAUCGGCGGCCUGAAGCCCAACACCGUCAUCGUGGGCUGGCCCCACUCGUGGCGCAAGUCGACGGACGAGCGGUCGUGGAAGACCUUCAUUUCGACCGUGCGUUGCGUGGCGGCGGCCAAGAUGGCCCUGCUCGUGCCCAAGGGCAUCGCCUUCUACCCGGACUCGACCGAGAAGAUCUCGGGCAACAUCGACAUCUGGUGGAUCGUCCACGACGGCGGCCUCCUCAUGCUCCUGCCGUUCCUCUUGUGCCAGCACAAGACGUGGCACAAUUGCCGCAUGCGCAUCUUCACCGUGGCCCAGCUCGAGGACAACUCGAUCCAGAUGAAGAAGGACUUGAAGAUGUUCCUGUACCACUUGCGGAUCGACGCGGACGUGGAGAUUGUCGAGAUGGAGUAUGCGGACAUUUCGGCGUACACGUACGAGCGGACGCUGAUGAUGGAGCAGCGAGGGCAGAUGGUGAGCAAGCUCAAGUUGACGAGGCGGGAGAGCAAGCAGUUUGUGCAGGGCCUGGUGGACCAGCACAGGGCGUCCAUUUCCAGUCCGACGACGACGGCGGCGGCGACGGCAGUGGCGAGUGCGUCCAAGGUGCGUUUCGCCGAGGAAGAAGAGGACCAACAGCAAAAGGAGAAGAGAAGGAAUAUGGGCGAUGCAGACGACGCGGAUGUGGCCCGAAACCAGAACCAGGAAGAGGAAGAAGAGGAGGAGGCGGUGGUGGUGGAGGAAAAGAAGGUCCCAGAGAAGAACGUCGCCGUCGACGACGACGACGAUUUUGAAGAAGGUGGUUUUGGUGCCGGUGACCAGGACCACGGCACGACGGCCAGUUCUGGCCUGUCUCGCGACGGGUCCGUCAAGUCCGCGGCGUCGUCGUCGGCCAAGGAAAGCUUUGGCCACUUGCUCCAGUUGAAGCCGACGGAGGCGAACGUGCGUCGGAUGCACACGGCCGUCAGGUUGAACGAGGUCAUCGUGAACCGGAGCCACGACGCCAAGUUGGUGGUGAUCAACUUGCCGAGUCCCCCGAAGGCGGCCAAGGGCGACUCGGACGCCAACUACAUGGAAUUCCUCGAAGUGCUGACUGAGGGCCUGGACAAGGUGUUGCUGGUCCGAGGCGGCGGUCGGGAGGUCAUCACCAUCUACUCGUAA